GGAUCGUGGAGCCGGCAGCAUUAUUCAGCAGUUAGUGGCAGUAUGUUCCGCAAUCAGUAUGACAACGAUGUUACCGUGUGGAGCCCUCAGGGCCGUAUUCAUCAGAUUGAGUAUGCAAUGGAGGCCGUGAAGCAGGGCUCUGCCACCGUCGGACUCAAGUCCAAAACUCACGCCGUGCUUGUAGCUUUAAAGAGGGCACAGUCAGAACUGGCAGCUCAUCAGAAGAAAAUUCUCAAUGUGGACAAUCACGUUGGUAUUUCCAUUGCCGGUCUCACGGCUGAUGCCCGCCUGCUGUGCAACUUCAUGCGGCAGGAGUGUCUGGACUCUCGCUUCGUCUUCGAUCGCCCCCUUCCAGUUUCUCGACUGGUCUCCCAGAUUGGAAGCAAAACCCAAAUUCCAACUCAGCGUUACGGACGGAGACCGUACGGCGUGGGGCUGCUCAUCGCUGGAUAUGAUGACAUGGGACCCCACAUUUUCCAGACUUGCCCCUCCGCCAACUACUUUGACUGUAAAGCGAUGUCCAUCGGAGCGAGGUCUCAGUCAGCGCGCACUUACCUGGAGCGACACAUGUCCGAGUUUCUGGACUGUAAUCUGAGUGAGCUGGUGAAACAUGGACUCCGUGGCCUGAGAGAAACCCUCCCUGCAGAGCAGGAUCUCACUACUAAGAAUGUUUCUAUCGGCAUCGUCGGGAAAGACAUGGAGUUUACCAUCUACGAUGAUGAUGAUGUUGCCUCGUUUCUAGAGGGCUUGGAAGAAAGACCCCAGAGGAAGACUGCACCUGCUGCUGAGGAACCAGUAGAAAAGCAGGAGGAGCCUAUGGAGCACUAAAUUCCAAGCUUAUGAAGGCCACGCCCUGACCCUGCCCCUGAGGAUCUGAUGAAACAUAUCUUCACUUGCAGAUCUAGUCCUACGUACAUAAUGCUCUUCUGAAGAAAAAAAAAAAACAGUUUCAGGCAUUGCCUUAUAUUUUGUAUGAUAUUGUGUCUACGGUUGUAAAAGCCACUAAAAAAAUAAAGGAUUUUUUUUUUUCCUCUUCA